GACCUUUGACAUGCAUAUUUCCGGCGACCCAAGCGCAAGGAAGGGAAGAAGAAAGACGGAGUUGAAAGGAUUUCUUUCGCAAAUCCGGAGAUUUGAGCCGUAUGCACAGGUACUUGUACACCUGUAGGAGGUUUGACAGUCCAUAAAGAAACACCUGGUCCUCCAGAGAAGGAAUUUUCAGCAAGAAAACGCUGUUCAACUGCUGAGGACUUCUUCACAGUUCACUGACAAAAGUUGUCAGAGAGAAGCCAAUCAACAUCCAGUAAAGCAACAGUGAACUUGAGCCUCCUGCACGCGGGCUGUGUGCAGGGAUUGGCGGGCAUCCUACGAUGAUUGACAGAUGCCAUCACUAAGUUGUGAGUCACAUGACUCGGACUUUUAGUCAUAAAAUUACACAUGUAUGGCUACCUGCAGGUAGAUGUGACAGGGAGGGUACAAACUGGACAAUUCUGCAAGGGGCUUCUCGAGUGUUGUCUCUGCCUUGAGUGAAAGUUUGAAGACACUUGUUCCUUUGUCACAGGGCAGGAAGGGUGGGGCUGUGAAGCGUCGCCAUGGGUGAUGUGGAAAAAGAACAGACACAGGAAAGUGAGGAGGACAGCAAGUUGGAUCAGGAGACAUUAGAGUCUACCAGAUCUGACCAGGACAUGUCAGGGGAGCAGAACAGGCCGGGGCAAGACAGCCCAGGACUGAACAUGCCAGAAGGCCCUUUACUCCAAGAUCCAUUUUGCCAGAAGUUGCUUACUUUGAUGGAGAAAAACUACACAGCAAAUAGAAAGACAAGAGUUGGGAACUUUAUCGACAAGUUUAAAGAUGAAAUGAGAGGAAGUGUAGAUCUUCCUUGGGUGGGUGCGCAGAACUACAGGUUAGUCCGCGAGUUGGCAGAGCGUCUUCAGCUUCCUGCUGGUGCUGUGUGGAAAAUCCGUCUCUUACGGCGAGUGAUUACAAGCUGCCUCUCAAUAAAUAAUACCUUCCAGAGAGAGAGAGCUCGCAUUUUGUGUGAGCAAGUCCUGCAGGGGGAAAUCAGGCAGCAAAACAUCCCAGACACGCUAGAUGUCAUUUUUGUCACAGUCCCAAAAAAUCCCACCCGGCAAACUGAAAACGUAUUCUCACCAAAACCAGGUGGAGUUUCAGAUCAAACCGGUCAAGAAACCACCCAACACUAUGCCGGUACGCAGAAAGAACCCAAGGAAGGUUCUUUGAUCUUAAAACCGUUUGCUCAGAGGUUGCUCGCACAGGUGAAGAAAGACUACCCGAUUAGGUCUAAAUACAAGGUGGAAUGCCGGAUAAACAAAUUUGAGUGGGAGCUUAGUGGAAAUGAUCGCGUAAACUUGCACCCAGGCGAUAAGAUACUCGAACAGGUGUCAAACCAACAUCGGCUACCUCCAGGGUCAGUGUGGAAACUCCAGCUCCUAAAGAGAGUCAUUGCCGACUGUUUCCAGAAGAAGACUAAAACGGCAUAUCAGAAAUGUCAACAGUUCUGUCAAGAGGUGUUGAGGGUGGAGUUUGGGCUGAAGUUCCUCACACUAACCCCAGUCAUUUUAGAGAAUGCAACAACUGUCGUAAAGCUCCCAACAGAUGUCGCAGGGGAAAGCGGGAACCCAACCUUACCAGAACCAGACAGAGUUUCAGAUCAAACCAGCCAGGAGUCGACACAACCAGCCCUUCCUGGUCUGUCUUCACAAGGAACCGCCCAAAAAGAAACCUCAGAAGGCAGUUUAUGCUCAGAACCAUUUUGUAAGAAGUUGCUUUCACUGGUGAAGAGAAACUACCCUAUAAGGAUGAGGUUCAAUGUUGCACAACGCAUCAACAAGUUUAAAGAGGAGCUGAAUGGAAACGAUCGCGUAAACUUGAUCCCUGCCGACAAGAUCAUUGAUCAGCUGUCAGUUAAACAGCAACUGCCUUCGGGCUCUGUGUGGAAACUCCAGCUGUUAAAGAGGGUCGUCGUUGACUGUUUACCGCAGAUGAAUCAGACCGCGUGGCUGAAAUCUUGGCAGUUCUGUCGAGACCUUUUAAGGGAGGAGUUUGGUCCCAAGUUCUUCACGCUAACCGGAGUCAUAGCAGGGGAUGCAGGUAAUGUCAUAGAGACCCCGGAAAAUGCUGCACAGCAAAGUGGAAACUCAGCCGUACAAGAACCAGGCAGAGUUUCAGAUCAAACCGGUCAGGUGUCACAACCAGCCCUGCCUGGUGCAUCCUCACAAGGAGCCACCCAACAACCUGCUGGGUCUCAAAGAGAAGCGGGGGGAGGCUCUUUGAUCUCAGAACCAUUUGCUCAAAGGGUGAUUUCACUGGCAAAGCGAAACUACCCAAUGAAAAUGAAGUUCCAGGUCGAGCAGCGGAUCAAUGAGUUUGAAGAGGAGCUGAACGGGAAGGAUUGCUCAAACUGGCACCCGACCGACAAGAUGAUUGAGCAGCUGUCAGACAAACAGAACCUGCCUUCAGGUUCCGUCCAGAAACUCCAACUGUUAAAGAGGGUUGUCGUUGACUGUUUGCCAAAGAAAACUGAGUUUGCCCGUCAGAAAACUGGGCAACUCUGUCAAAAUCUGUUAAGGGAGGAGUUUGGGUCCAAGUUCUUAGCAAUAAGCGAAGUCAUUGUAGGGGACCUGGGAGCAUUUAACAGUCAGCAGUUUUGUGCUAAGAGGUUAGAACGGUGCAGGAAGUGGCGUGAAAAGGAGCAGGGAGGGCAGCAUCAACAGAUUGGACAGAGAUGGGGACAAAAAGGGCAACAGCAAUGGCCAUGGCAGGCAGGACAGCAGCAAUGGCCACGGCAAGCAGGACAGCAGCGAUGGCCUGAGUCAGCAUGGCAACAGCAAUGGCCCCGGCAAGCAGGACAGCAGCAAUGGCCUCGGCAAGCAGGACAGCAGCAAUGGCCGCGGCAGGCAGGACAGCAGCAAUGGCCUCAGCCAGCAUGGCAACAGCAAUGGCCUCGGCAAGUAGGACAACAGCAAUGGCCUCGGCAAGUAGGGCAGCAGCAAUGGCCUCGACAAGCAGGACAGCAGCAAUGGCCUCAGCAACCAGGGCAACAGCAGUGGCCUCAGCCACCAGGGCAACAGUCACAGUUACAGCCACAGACUGGGCAGACAUUGGGAGGUGCUCCGCAGUUGGAUGUUGCUGCUGAGAAAAUGCUGCUGCAGAAAGAGUGGGAGCGUCUAGCUCAGGAGAGGAAAGCAUUGGAUGAUGAGCGGGCCCUGCGAGAAGCCCCCCACUUGGAGGCUGAUCGCCACGGAGACCACAUUGAGCAGCAGAUGUCAGCUAAUCAUGACGUAGAUUAUAGAAGUUUGCCGAUGACAUCAGAGAGCAGGAGGGACAGGAGUCCCGAAUCUUUCCAUGGCGAUAGGAGCCCACCCCAGUAUGACCGUAAGAGUCGCUAUGGAGACCAUCGCAAUGAUGACAGGAGCCCUCCCCAGUACGACCACAGGAGUCGCCAUGGAGAUCCUCGCCGUGAUGACAGUCCCCUGACGCACCCUGAUGACACAGCACCACGUGAUUGGUCACGUGAAGGAGAUGUGAGAGACACGUACUACAGACGGCAGCCACGAUACAAUGAGGACCGGCGGGGAAGAAGCCGUUCCAGGGAAAGGGGGGAAGAAGAUGAGUUCCACUAUGAUCCAUACAGAAGAGACGCCUCAGCCGAUGGACAUAGAGAGCCAUACAGACCUGAGGAAGCUGCAGGGAGUUAUGGAGAUGAUCCUGCACGUGGGUCACUGGCCCACGAUAAGUCUCCACCAGAUAGACGCGAUGCUCCGUACAUGGGGAGCGACAGAAGGGAGGAGCCGACGCUCCAGAACUUGAGCAAUUUGCCACCAGACCAAAGUCCUCACUCUGCCCUGGAUGAAUAUGAUCGGCGAGUUGCCCCUGUACCCCAUGAAGAGUAUGCAAGACCAAUUGCUGGUCAAGGUUUCCAUGGUGACCGCAUCCAUGGUGAUAAUCCUCCCCAUAGUAUCAGCCGAACCCCCAGCCCUUUCCUGUUGCAGCAGAAGGACCAGUACAGAUCGGACAGGGGCAAAGAGUGCUUGUCAGACAUCCUCGGUGAUGCCAUAGACAGUGGAAUGACACAGGGGGGGAUCACAAGCAGGGGGGCUGUUCAGGGGGGUGCCAUAGUCAGGGAGGCUGCACAGGGAGACACAACAGGCAGUGGGGCUGCACAAGGGAGUCAGCCUGAGAUGGCAUGGGCAGAUGAGUGGACUAUCUUGAGCUCAUGUGAUGAAACUAGUAGCAGGGACAAAGAGAGGAGAGAUUCUUACAGUGAAAGGACAGAUUUACCUGGGAGCAAGAAAAGACUUCAACAGGAGCCCAGAAGAGAAAGUCUAAGCUCCUCUGCAAAAGACAAGUUUGGAAGAGAACCAGAGAAAGGGGAUCGAAGUGACAGAGAUGAGAGCAGACGUAAGAGCCAAAAACAGGAUAGAGAUCAAAGCCUGAAGAGUAGCAGGGAGGAUAGAGAUCGAAAAUCCAACAGCCAAAGUCAGAGAAGGGAUCACAGAUCUGACAGUCGGAGUCAAGGCAAAGAUAAGAGAUCCAGUAGACAGAUCCAGGAUAGAGGUCAUAGAUCUAGCAGUCAAAGUAGGAAAGAGGAUCACAAAUCCAAGAGUCAGAGUAGAGAGGAUAGAUCCAGCAGUCGAAGAGGGGAUCGCAGACCCAGUAAUGAAAACAAGGGUAGAGAUCACAGAUCCAAAAGUCAAGGUAGAGAUAAGAGAUCCAGUAGUAGAAGGGAUCACAGAUCCAGAAGUAAAAGUCAAAGUAAAGAUCAUAGGUCCAGCACUCAGAGUCAAAGAAGAGAUCACAGAUCCAGCAGUCAUGGUCUGUCACGGGAUCGUUCUCAAAACAGGUCUCAAUCCAGUCAUCACAACAUCCCAGAUAAACCAUUACAGACUGGCAGAAACAGCCAAAACAGUGCAAAGCGACAGAGAAGUGACAGUCCAAGUCCCAGAGGCAGCAAAAAGGGCCCAGGAGAGAUGGGAGGCCCAAAAUAUUUCCCCAAACAACAGCAGACUGCAAGCACCCAGUUGUGGCCUCUACAGGCUCCAAGUGCUGUGGGACAGCAAAUGGGCCAAAACUCAACCAGUUGGGCCACAAAGUCUCAAGAUAUGGGCCAAGCCCAGAACUGGGAGGACUGGAACAUGGUGAAGACCUAUCUGCAGCAGCAGGGUAUGUCCGCCACUGAGGAGGGGAUUCGCGGGAUACUGCAGAAUGAGCAGGUCAUGCAUAACAUCAGGAACACCAUGGCCCAUCGACACCUAGCUGCGUCACAGGGCGCACAACAAGGCACACAAGAGGGCACACUGACGGGUGCACAGCAGGGCGCACAGCAAGGCACACGACAGGGCACACAGCAGGGGACACAGCACGGUGUACAGCAGGGCACAACAGCAAGCCCAGCUGUAAGUCAGGCAGGCAUUCUGUAUUCCGAAGGUAAACCAGCCUACCUGUUAGUUCAAACUGGUCAGCAGUCACAACCAGUCAGUACCCUGGCGCUGCCUGGUCCAGCCUCACAAAGAGCCACCCAAAACUUUGCAGGUGCCCUGAGAGAGACCAGGGAAGGCACUGUAAUUUUAUUACCAUUUUGUAAGAAGUUGGUUGGUUUUGUGGAGAGAACCUAUGGGGAAGUGAUGAAGGAGGAGGUUGUUGACAGGAUUAACACGUUUGAAGAAGAGCUGAAGGGAAAGUCUGAGUCUGUCUGGAGAGAUGGACAGAACAAUGACAAGAUGGUCGAGCAGCUGGCACAGCACCUGCAACUGCCUCCUGGGUCUGUCUGGAAACUCCAACUCUUACGGAGAGUUACGGUAGACUGUCUGCCCAAGAAAACCGUGGUCGCAAGAGAGAGAGUCCGGCAGAUGUGCCAGCACGUUCUGUCCGACGAUGGUGUCCAAGUUACAGAGGAGAUUUUCAAAGUCAUAAUCGACGUGACAUCAGGAAAUGAAAAGGAAUCAUUGGGAAUGAAAACUAGAAAUCCGAAACCAUUUGUGGAUGGAGAAAUGCUCCGGACUGUGCCAAGUACCUCCGCAGGAGGGCAGACUUCUACACUGAAUACCCAGACAGUAGAGAAGGUUUCAGUUGGGAAUGCUGAUAAACAUCAGAUGGUCGUGGCGUACCUGUCGAGCAUGGGGGUGCAGGCAACGCCCAAGACUGUAGAAGGGGUUCUACAGAACCAACAGGCUCUCGACAGCAUCGAGAGGAUCUUCUGGACCCCCCUUCAGGACCGCCAACUGGUGGAGCGGUACCUGCAGCAGAUCAGCGUCCCCAUCACUUCGGAGGUAGUCAACAAGAUCAUCGAGAACCAAGAACUGAUGGGGAAGAUUAAGAACACACUCGGGGCUCCAGAGGCUAAUGUCGGGAUUCCAGGGACUAGCCAAGGGGGUCAGUAACAGCCUUUGGGCUCACAGGGCCAACUGAGGGGCUCACUAGACUAGCUGAGGGGUUCAAAAUCAUCCUGCAGGAUAGUCAAGGUAGCAGUAGACCCAUGGUUCCCAUACUCUUACAUGUUCUAACAGUUCCACAAAGCUGCAGCUUUAUAUCUUCUAACAGAUCCAACCUCCAGCUCUAUGAUAAGUAAAAAAAACUGAUCCCUUCUAACAUUACCUAAAAUGCUUGAACCAACUUUAUUGGCAUGUGUUGAUGUUUGACUUGACUUUGAUGUGUGCUUGAGUUGGACAAUGUCUGAAGAUAGUCUGUGUCGGAGGUACCGAUGUCUACACUAUGAUUAUAUUCCGUAUGACACUUGACUGAAAACUCCUAUGGAAGACAGUGGUAUACUCUGCAAGAUGCUGUUGUCAAAGUUCAAAUAACCCAUUUGUUUGGCACACUAUAGUAGACUUUUGGCUACCAAUAAUCUCUAUUUGUUCUGGUGCUAGGCUACAGAUGGAAGGUUAACUGCAGUGUAAGACCAAGACAAUUCAAUGUUUCAAUUAUGUAAAAUCCUGCAAGAGGUUAAAAGAAAGUUAAUAGAAAAACUUGAAUCAGACUCCCUGAAACUAGAGACUCUGCUUUGAUUUUUGAGUUCAGUAUUAUAGUUUUCUGAGUCCAAUGACCUGUAGUAUGGGUAACGUUCGGCCUGCUUAGGUAGUCGUUCUGCACCAAAUUUGAAUCGUUAUUGUCAGUUAGAAUUAGGGAGAACGUUUGAUAAUGCUUGGUAGGGAUACUAAGUUCAUUUUGUCAGAUUUUUAGCCUCAUUUAUUAAUGGAAUAAGCCACCAUGUUUUGUAUACAUCAGUUACAGUGCUACCUUGUAGUCUCACAAGGAUAACAAGAUGUGAAGGAGAAAUGUGAGCUUUAUUGGUGACAGUAGAUUCUUGUUUCUUUUAUUUCUCUGUUCAAAGAUUUCUUGCUGUUUAAGUUUGUUUCCUAGUUUAGGUUUGUAAGACCGAAGUAUUUUUGAUGCAGAGGUGCAUAAUGUAAUUGUGUAAUGUAUUAGGUAACUUUAUGUUUCAAGAUAUUUUCAUAGUCAGCCGGAAUGAUUAAUGUAUAAAAUGACUCCAUUGCAAAUACUGCAUUGCAUCAUCAAUUUAUCAAGUAUCAAGCUCAGUAGUGUCAGUCAAGGGUAAUUCAAAGCAAAUUGUUGAAAAUCAUGUGUUAUAGCCCUCUUCCACAGCCUACAUGCACAGACCAGCUCCUCAGCUCUAGGGUCAACAUUUGCCAAAAGAAAAUUUACCGCAGCCCCCAAUUUUGACUGACUCUAAUUAGAAAUGACUGAGGCCAGGGCCUUUGGUAAAAUUAUUGGCCCUGGAGCCAAGGAGCUGGCCAGUGUAGGCGCUGGAAAAAGCCUGGCAACAAGGCUAGAUGUGUUAUGGUUGCUGUAGAAAGUUGCCAAAGUCAUGUGACCUGUAACUCGAGUAUGAUGUUCUAUAGCUUUUGCAAAAUCAUCUGUGGAUGAACUGCUACACUUUGUUUAAGUGAUCUGUGAUUUUUUAGGAUAUGGUAAAAAGUGCUUUAGAGAAUAUUGUAAGAAAAUCCUUGAAUUCUGUAUGUACAGCAAAACACUGGAAAGUCAAUUCAGCUAAUUCCUGUAAGCGCUUGUAAACUGUAAAAUCAUUCUGCAUGGUUUCAGUUGUAGAUCAGGAGCACUUAUUGAGCAAAACUGUUAUGAUUUGGCUUUGUAAGGUCAGAAGAUCCAGUUAGUGUAGAUAAUGCUUAUCGGUAGCCAUUUGGAAAGCCUGUUUCCAGGAAGUGAAUGAACUCAUUCCAAGAUCCUGAAAUUUUCAUUUCAUGUUGUAAAAUAAAUAUUUCACCCAGUAUCGA